AUGAAUGGCGAAUGCGGCGAAAGGGGGCAGAUCAUCGAGGUGUGGGGACACAACCUUGAGGAGGAGUUCGCACGCAUCCGAGAUGUGGUUGAGCGGUUCCAGUAUAUUGCUAUGGACACGGAGUUCCCGGGGAUUGUGGCGCGGCCGACGGGGAACGUGACGGACUACAACUACCAGACGGUGAAGUACAACGUGGAUUUGUUGAAGGUGAUCCAGUUGGGCAUCACGUUUGCGGAUGCGGAGGGGAACUUGGCGGAGGGGACGUCGACGUGGCAGUUCAACUUUCGCUUCGACUUGAACGAGGACAUGUACGCGCAGGACUCGAUUGAUUUCUUGAAGCAAAGUGGAAUAGACUUUGACAAGCAGCAGAAGAAGGGGAUCGAUGUGCAGGACUUUGGCGAGUUGAUCAUGAACUCCGGCUUGGUGAUGAACGAAGACGUCAAGUGGAUUUCUUUCCAUGGCUGCUACGACUUCGGCUACUUGCUCAAGUUGCUGACCUGCGCACCUCUCCCGCACUCCGAGUCGCAAUUCUUCGAGCUCCUGCACGACUUCUUCCCCUCGCUGUACGACAUCAAGUACCUCCUGCGGUCGAUCCACAACUUCAACUUGUCCGGCGGCUGUUCGCUGCAAAAGAUCGCCGAGCACCUCCAAGUCACGCGCAUUGGGCCGCAACACCAGGCAGGCAGCGACUCUCUGGUCACCUGUCGGACGUUCUUCAAGUUGAUCGAGCUCUACUUUGGCAGCUGCAUCGAUGACUGCGGGUACUCCGGCGUGAUCUACGGGCUCGGCAUGAGCCUGCCGAAGCACUCGCGUGGCGGGAGCAGCCACCAACUGCCCUCGGUCUCUUCCUUCCCUUCGUCGCGGUCCUCCGACCACGCAGGGCGCGGGGCCCGAGUGGGGAAGGCCCGCGCGAACGACGAGAGCGAGGACGACCGCGCCUCGGGGCCAGCCGCGGGCAGUGGAGCGACGAGCGCGAGUUUCUCCAGCAGCCUCGCAGGCGGGGCUUCCGGGGCGCAGUCGGGGAGUGGUCUCAACCACGGAAACCAUCUGCCGUUCCACCACGGAUCUCACGCGUCGCACCAGCCUGGCCACUUGCUGAACUCGCACAUGAACACCUUCUCUGCGAGCAGUUCCGCGUCUCUGGUGUCUGGGUCUACGGGGCCUGCGUCCACGCCUGAGUUCGUCCCCUCGUCCCUCCACUCUGCGAACAGCUUGCACGGGAAUCAGUUGCCUCUCUCGAACACCUCCCUGUCCCUCUUGGCGUCGCCGAACAACGGCAGCUCGGGACUCGCCUCGGGCCACGGUUCGUUUCUUCUCGGGGCGACCGGCGCACAGGGGACUUCCGGAGCUGCCGCGGCGUCGGUGCACUCGCGGCCUUCUCGCCAGGUGCUCGGCGCCUCCUCGGGCGGCUCAGGCUCCUCGUCCACGACGCAUCUGCGGUCGCAGCGCGGCAACCUCACAGCCGGCCUGCUGCCCUCGGGGGGCCCGCAGCUGUUUGGGCUCCAAGCGGGCCUUUCGACCGCGGCCGCGGCGCCCGGGCUCGGGGACACGGCAGGGACGCACCAGGGCCAGGGCCCCCACAGUGCAGAGAACGCGUCGUUCAACUCGGGCACGCUGAUAGCCCCAGCGGAGGGCGGUCGAGGCCCGCUGCGACUCCCCCUCGCGGGGUCGGGAGGCGUUCUGCCUCUCUCUGGAGCUCGCGGCAGCUGCGGUCGGUCAGCCUCGUUUCUCGCCCAAGAGAGAGACAGAGCCUCGGGCCCAGCCGCGCCGGGUCUAAGCAGCGGGCUGCUGGUGCUGCAGGCCAAUGGAGGCGUAGCGGAGGGGACGGAGGCGACGAAGGGCGUGGGCGCCUGGAGCGCAGGCAGCGAGAAGGCGAGCGGAGGCUUCGCAGGAAGCAUGUGGGGCGGAGCGAACGCGGAAGGGGAGAGGAAGAAAUCGAGUCUGGGGCCGACGGGAAGCGCGUCACAGCAAGAGUAG